AUGCCGAGUUACAUGUAUUUCUUCCUUGUCACCUUGGUCUUCCUGGCCGGAAAGCUUGCUGCUGCCCCGGUUCCCACAAUGGAUGCGGGCAUGAUUGCAGCACUGGGCGACGACUUGGAUGACGCCUAUCACACCAUCACUCCCCACAAGCGUGGUGAUGAUGCGGACGACGCUUAUCACACCAUCACUCCUCACAAGCGUGGCGACGAUGCGGACGACGCCUACCACACCAUUACGCCUCACGACCACUAA